GCUUUCUUCAUGAACACGACGCUACAACCAGGCUCUUGAAUUAGGUUAUAACAUUCAUUCUCCCCAAAUCCUUCCAAUCUCUCUCUCUCUCUCUACACGCACGAUCAGUCAUAGUUGAUCAAAAAUGGCGACGCCGAUGGUAGAAGAUACCAACUUCGAAGAUGACCAGCUCUCGUCUAUGUCCACUGACGACAUUGUUCGAGCAUCUCGCCUUCUUGACAACGAAAUCCGAAUCCUCAAGGAAGAGUUGCAGAGAACGAAUCUGGAUUUAGAUUCGUUGAAGGAGAAGAUAAAGGAAAAUCAAGAGAAAAUCAAACUCAACAAGCAGCUCCCUUACUUAGUUGGCAACAUUGUUGAGAUUUUGGAAAUGAACCCAGAGGAUGAGGCUGAAGAAGACGGUGCAAAUAUUGAUCUUGACUCGCAAAGGAAGGGUAAAUGUGUAGUUCUAAAAACAUCCACACGCCAGACGAUUUUCCUGCCUGUAGUAGGUCUUGUUGAUCCUGAUGAGUUGAAGCCUGGUGAUCUGGUUGGAGUAAACAAAGACAGUUACUUGAUAUUGGAUACUUUGCCGUCUGAGUAUGAUUCUCGUGUGAAGGCUAUGGAGGUUGAUGAAAAGCCAACAGAAGACUAUAAUGAUAUUGGAGGCCUGGAGAAACAGAUUCAAGAGCUAGUUGAGGCAAUUGUGUUGCCUAUGACACAUAAAGAGAGAUUUCAGAAAUUAGGUGUUCGUCCACCCAAGGGUGUUCUUUUAUAUGGGCCUCCUGGAACAGGGAAAACCCUAAUGGCUCGUGCUUGUGCUGCUCAAACCAAUGCUACUUUUCUUAAGCUAGCAGGUCCCCAACUUGUACAGAUGUUUAUUGGCGAUGGUGCAAAACUGGUUCGUGAUGCUUUUCUACUUGCUAAAGAAAAAUCUCCUUGCAUCAUUUUUAUUGAUGAGAUUGAUGCUAUUGGUACAAAGCGUUUUGACAGUGAAGUUAGUGGGGACCGAGAGGUGCAACGGACCAUGUUAGAGUUGCUCAAUCAGCUUGAUGGUUUCAGCAGUGAUGAUCGUAUCAAGGUGAUAGCAGCUACAAAUCGAGCUGAUAUCUUGGAUCCUGCCUUAAUGAGGUCUGGUCGAUUGGAUCGUAAAAUUGAGUUUCCGCAUCCUACUGAAGAAGCCAGAGCUAGAAUCUUGCAGAUCCACUCCAGAAAGAUGAACGUUCAUCCAGAUGUCAACUUUGAGGAACUUGCUCGUUCAACAGAUGACUUCAAUGGGGCGCAGCUGAAGGCAGUCUGUGUCGAAGCAGGAAUGCUAGCACUACGCCGUGAUGCCACUGAGGUGAACCAUGAAGAUUUUAAUGAAGGUAUUAUCCAAGUUCAAGCUAAAAAGAAAGCGAGCUUGAACUACUACGCAUAGUUUCACCUGGCUUCGACGUACAAUAUCUGCAUAAGAUAACCUUUUUGCUUUGAAGUUCAAAUGUGCUACUCAAGCCUAGUAAAUCAAGAAGCUUUUGACUCUGGCAUGGAGAUCAUUUUACAACGAAGUUGCAAAAGUUUCAGAAGACUGGCUACCACCUUUUCAUAUGCAUUUCCUUUUAGGUCUGUACUCAUGGUUUGUAUGUGAACUUUGAGGCUAGAUUUAUUUUAAGCUUAUUAUUCCAAUGUUGGAGGUUCCAUGUUUUAAACCCUGCUAUGCCACAGCUAUUCGAGGAACCUUCGCCUAGAUGAAAAUAUAGCCAAUUGAAUAGCAUAACGCUCCCAUACACAACACCCUACUUGCCCGCAUCUUUAGUUUCACAUUAAAGCUCAAUUUCACAUUUUA